CCUUUCUUCCCGCCCCCCAACCCCAUCGGGCCGCUCGGGCAGGGCCAAGGGCGCCGCGGGACUCACGAGCUCCCCUCCGCGCUGGCUGCAGCGGCGAUGCCGGGCAUGCCUGGCCGGGCCGGGCCGGGGGCGGCCUCGCUGCCGGGGCAGGGACCUCGCAGGCCGGCGCGCAGAGGCGAGGAACCCUCCCGGCGCCAUCGACUCACCUACCCGCGGAGAGGCGACGGCGCGCGCCACUCACCAGCCCGGGCCCCAGAUCCAAGGAGGAGGGGCAGCGGCGCGGGGACCCUGUGGUUUAAUGCAUUCAAAAGGACUAAUACCAUACUGCACCAUUUGAGAAUGUCCAAGCACACAGAUGCAGCAGAAGAGGUGCUAUUGGAAAAAAAAGGUUGUGCGGGAGUCAUAACACUAAACAGACCAAAGUUCCUCAAUGCACUGACUCUUAAUAUGAUUCGGCAGAUUUAUCCACAGCUAAAGAAGUGGGAACAAGAUCCUGAAACUUUCCUGAUCAUUAUAAAGGGAGCUGGAGGAAAGGCUUUCUGUGCUGGGGGUGAUAUCAGAGUGAUCUCGGAAGCUGAAAAGGCAAAACAGAAGAUAGCUCCAGUUUUCUUCAGAGAAGAAUAUGUGCUAAACAAUGCUGUUGGUUCUUGCCAGAAACCUUAUGUUGCACUUAUUCAUGGAAUUACAAUGGGUGGGGGAGUUGGUCUCUCAGUCCAUGGGCAAUUUCGAGUGGCUACAGAAAAGUGUCUUUUUGCUAUGCCAGAAACUGCAAUAGGACUGUUCCCUGAUGUGGGUGGAGGUUAUUUCUUGCCACGACUCCAAGGAAAACUUGGUUACUUCCUUGCAUUAACAGGAUUCAGACUAAAAGGAAGAGAUGUGUACAGAGCAGGAAUUGCUACACACUUUGUAGAUUCUGAAAAGUUGGCCAUGUUAGAGGAAGAUUUGUUAGCCUUGAAAUCUCCUUCAAAAGAAAAUAUUGCAUCUGUCUUAGAAAAUUACCAUACAGAGUCUAAGAUUGAUCGAGACAAGUCUUUUAUACUUGAGAAACACAUGGACAAAAUAAACAGUUGUUUUUCAGCCAAUACUGUGGAAGAAAUUAUUGAAAACUUACAGCAAGAUGGUUCAUCUUUUGCCCUAGAGCAAUUGAAGGUAAUUAAUAAAAUGUCUCCAACAUCUCUAAAGAUCACACUAAGGCAACUCAUGGAGGGGUCUUCAAAGACCUUGCAAGAAGUACUAACUAUGGAGUAUCGGCUAAGUCAAGCUUGUAUGAGAGGUCAUGACUUUCAUGAAGGCGUUAGAGCUGUUUUAAUUGAUAAAGACCAGAGUCCAAAAUGGAAACCAGCUGAUCUAAAAGAAGUUACUGAGGAAGAUUUGAAUAAUCACUUUAAGUCUUUGGGAAGCAGUGAUUUGAAAUUUUGAGGUGACAGGCUUUUAAGGUAUAUUUUGUAGCAUGGGUUGGCAAUCUACAGCAUGUGGGCCAAAUUCAGCCUGCUGCCUGUUUUUAUAUACCCUGUAAGCUAAGAAUGGUUUCCGCAUUUUUAAAUGGUUGGGAAAAGAAAUCAAAGACUAAUAUUUCAUGACGUGAAAAUUAUCAGAAUUCACAAAUAAAGCUUUAUUGGAACUAGCUGUACUCAUCUGUUUAUAUAUUAUCUGUGGCUGCUUUGAAAUGAGUAGUUGCAAUAGAGAUGGUAAAGCCUACAAAGCCUAAUUAUUUACUGUCUGGUUUUUGUCAGAAAAAAGUUUGUCAAUCCUUGUUUUAGAAGAUGGAAAAAUGUGAAGAUCUUUAGAGAUUCUCUUGAGUGGUAUAUCUAAUUGAAAUGGGAUCUUUGUUUGGCUUUUGGUAGUGGCUUGUAUGUUGAUGAAAUCAACUUAGGUAUACAAUAUAAAAAAUAAAGACCCUGAAAAUUGUUUUGG